AAAGAGGGAAAGGAGGAAGGAAGGUGGGACAGGUAGAGAGAGAGAGGAGAGGGGGGGAGCAGCGCGAAAGAGGAGAGGGAGAAGAAGAGGCGCGUGGUGGUCGUGGUGGGUGCUCGGUAGUGGACGGACGAGAGCGAGCGAGCAUCCAGAUCUGUCGCGUGCUGCGUCGCUCUGGGAUGGGACGGAAUCGGGACGACACGACCACGACCACGACGAUCGCAACCACGACGAUCGCAACAGCGACGACAAUAACGACGACGAGGAGGUCGACGACGACGACGACGACGACGACGACGGCGACGAGGACGGGACGAGACGAGACGAAACGGGACGAAACGGGACGACGACGACGACGGAUACCACUACACGCACUCCGGGAUGGGAUGGAUGUUGCGGCCCCGUGUGAGUAGCAGCGAGUCGAGUCGAUCCCUGGUGCGCGCUGGUAUUGGUUUCACUCUCGGCUGCUGCCGGCCCGUGUGCUGGUGUGUCGAUCUCUCUACGAGAGCGAACCGAGGAGCGUGGCCGAACCGAGCCGGAGAAGAGAACCGCGGCACUCGUUCAGUAGUUUCUCGGACGCCGCACCGGCACCAUCCGACCUACCAGAUAACCCCGUCGACUUACCGCCGACUACCCCCGACCGAUCGACCGACCACGCAACAUCGCACACCUUCCCACCACCACCUUCGAUAAUAUAUAAUACAUAUAUAUAUGUGUAUGUAUAUAUUUUAUAUAUACGUGUAUAUAUAUAUAUAUAGAGAGAGAGAAUAAUUUCGAUCCGAUUUUCGGCCUCUCGACGCGUCUCGAAGUGGAGGAGGAGGAGAAAUAUCGUCGGUUGUGGAAGAUCGUAUCGGCCACGAGGGGGAUUGGAAAAAGUAAUCGCGAUACGGCGACGGUCGCGUGACGACGACGACAACGACGACGACGACUCUCCACCUUGGCCUUUUUUUUUUUUUUUCCCCUCUCCUGCCGAUAUUUAACGCGUGCCUAUGUACACAUAAAUACGUACACGCGCGUAUACGCAUGUACAUACGUAUACACAUAUACGUAAUAGCGGUGUGGUGUGAUUUUUUUCCUUCCCCCCUUCGAAGCUCCAGAAGAGUGUGACACGCGCGCACCUCGUUUUCUUUUUUUCCCUUUCCUUUUCUUUUCUCUCUCUGUCUCGUCGUCGUGUCGCGCUCGUUCGAUUGUUUAUCAGCAGGCCCGGCCCCCGGUGUGGUGUGCAGCGCGCGGCGGAGGGAAGGAUCUCGCGGUGAAUAGCGGAUCUUUGCCAGGUGUUUUCUCUUCGCGCGUUUAUAUACGCAGUGAAACGGACCGUGUGUGUAGUACGCGUGCCUUGUGCGUACAAGUAAGUGUGCCUUCGCGAACGUAAUUUACCGCGCCGAUUCCCCGGUUCGCGCGAGGGGGAACCAAGUGGUGGAACAAGAAGAAGAAGAAGAAGAAGAAGAAGAAGAAGAAAGUAAUAAAGGAGAAGAAGGAAGAGAGAAGAGGAGACGGAAGAGGAGAAAGGAAGAAAGAGGAGGAGUAGUUAGCCGAUAGUAGUUACACAGUUCGGCGCAGUGUUCGUUCCUCGAAGAUUAGUGGGUGAUAUCUGCCUCCUUUCUUUCUUUCUUUCUUUCUUUUUUUUUUCUUUCUCUUUCCCGCCCCCCUCCCCUCCCAACUCGAGGAUAUUUCGCGCGAUCGCGACCCUUCGCCUCGACUCCGGAAGGAUACUCCGCGGUCUCCCACGGACGGCAGGAGAGAGAGAGGGAGAAAGAGGCAAGUGAAAGAGAAAUCGUGAUAUAGACGAAGACAAGGAGAAAAAGAGGGAAGAGGAGGUGGUGGUGGCGGCGGUGGUGGUGGAAGAGAGGGAGAAAGAGAGAGAUAGAGAGAGAGAAACCCGUUAAGGCGGUACGAGUAACGUGUCGGUGGAAGUUCUUGCGAUUGAUAGAGGGACUGAGAAAGAAAGGAAGGAAGAGAGGGAGAGAGAGAGAGAGAAAGGGACGGAGCGAGGUCGACGAAGGUAAUCGCGGUGGCAUCGAGCUGCGUGCCUUCGACAAAACCGAUUAAAGACGAUCGAGGCGAAGGAUCGAUCUCCAUCUAUCGCCCUUUCGCCGACUCUCGCGGCCGAAACGACGACGACUACGACGACGCGUUCCCGGCGACGUUUCCACGGCUCCGCCACCUCGAUGCUGCCCCCUCGUAAACCGAUCCCGUGGUUCCCCAUCUUCGCUAACAAACCGUUCUGACUGCCGCCCCCCGCGCAACAACCGCCUUCCGAACCGCGCGUCCGCACGACGAAAACGAGGAGGACGACGCGUUGCGAAGAAAGAAUCAGGCCCCGUUGAUAGCCCCGCAAUAAUGCGAGACUCGAGCGGGAAACGCGGUGCAUGGACGAUAAAGGCGGGCCGGCCGGUGCAUCCUCCUCGCUGCUGCGCAUCCGUCCACGGUAUCUCGUUCAAGGCGAAAGUGGAAAUCGAGGAUGAGGUGGACUCGUAUCCAGCCAGCGAAUAAUAAUAAUAAUAAUAAUAAUAAUAAUAAUAAUAAUAACGAUAACGACAACGGUAAUAAUAAGGAUAAUAAUAAUAAUAACAAUAAGAAGAAGAAGAAGAACGACGAUAAUAUCUCGUUGCCCCGCGAUCGGCCGCGAUCCGUUUCUACGAAUCGUCGUCGAAUCAGCAACGUCCCCGACGCGUUUUGACCGGCCUUCCCCCACCCGGCCCCCGUCCCCAGGACGGAAGAAGGAAGGAAGGAAGGAAGGGAGGAGGGAAGAGAGGGAGCGAGAGCGAGCGAAAGGAGAGAUCAGUGUAGGGAGAUCGGCGAGGAAGAUCGGCGGCAGGCGGUGGGAGGAAGCGGAGCGUGGAUAGAUAAGAAGAAAGGAGGGCUCGGAAAGAGGAGUGUGGAUGAGAGCGUCAUGCCCGCUGAGAUCGACACGGGCGGGCCAAGGGUGCUGCACUGUGAUUACCGUGCCGACUGCCCGAUACAGAGGAUCGUAGUAGCUUCCGCCAUCGAGCCUUCCUCUUCCUUCCGCCCCGAGGAGAAGAGGAAACGGAAACAGCUCGUUCCAGGGGGGGCCCGGAUCGUGCCCAGAUCUUGCAACGCCCGCGAAAACCACGAGCCACGCGAUCCUCGUGAUCCUUGCUCCCCUGCCUCCUCCACCUCCUCUCCCUCCUCUCGCCCGAUCGCGUGCCACGCCGCGCUCCAAUGCGAUCCUUGCCUUCGUCGUCGUCGUCGUCGUCGUCGUCGUCGUCGUGGAAUAAUUCUCGACGACGGCGACGACGAGCGGAACCGCCGCCGUCAUCCCUCACCGUCCGACCACCACCGAUCAUCGUCACCCGAUAACGCGACCACGUCUGCGAUUCGAUGCGAGGUAUCGUCGUCGGAUCGCCGUCGCCCACUCCGUUCGUAUCAUCGUCCUCGUCGUCCUCCUCGACGGCGAGAUGCCGUCGCGUUCGAGUCCAUCCGUCGUCGAGAUCCUUCGGUAACGGGGGAGAGGAGGAGGAGGAGGAGUUCGUUGGAUCGAGGCGAAACGAAGCGGAGGAGACUCGAGGAAGAGAAGCAAGAGGAGGAGGAGAAGGAGGAAUCGAGGAUCUUGUUCUGUUCGGGGAAACGGGAAAACGAGGCGACGACGGGUCAGGGUGGUCGAUACUGGCAUCCGGAGGAGGAAGAAGAGGAAGAAGAAGAAGAAGUGGAAGUGGAAGAGGAAGAAGGAGAAGGAAGGUGGUGCUCGAAAGGACGCGAGGAGCCGGCGUGGAAGAGCAGUAGUGGUGGUUGUAGUGGUGGUGUUGGUGGUGAUGGUGGUGGUGGUGGUGGUGUGGUCGCGAACCGUGGUGCACGGUUCUCUAGUCACUGGAACGAGGCUUGGACGUACGAGGAGGAGAAGGAGGAGGUGGAGGAGGAGGAGGCGGCGAGGAACGGCACCGCGUUUCUUCCGUCCUUGGCCGAUGAAACGUGGAAGGAAGUGGAAGUCGCGACGAAUUCCUCGAGCGGUGAGUCGCGCGUCGCCAAGGUCGUGGCCGAUCCCCGCCAGACCGACUUUCCUUCGACGUUGUGGAAGCACGAGCACGGGUCCUUGACGACCACGACGACGACCACGACGACGACGACGACGAAGACGACGAAGACGAAGACGACGACGACGACGACGACGACGAGGAGCGAGCGUAGAACGAGGAAGAAGAAGAAGAAGAAGAAGAGACGCGCGUGCACCGCGGCCAACAACCGUUCCACGUACAUUCAGUUAGCGUUGCUCCUGUUCCUCGUCGCGUUCGGCCAGUGCGCACUUCGUCGAUCGGCCGGUGUGUUGAACAACAAUAAUUGCAGUGCGAGACCGAGUACGAUCGGGUUUAGUGUGUUGGCGAUCGGGACGGUUAUCAGUGCAGUGAGUGCCGCGCCCCUCGAUUUGACGGGCGACGCCGGGGUGAGGGCGGAACGAUCGGCCAAUUUGUCCCACAUCACGGGCGCCUCGAGGAAAAUCCAGAUGUAUAUCAAGAAUCGCCACUUGCAGAUCCUGCCCGAUGGCACGGUCAACGGUUCCAACGACGACACUUCGGAUUACACGAUAUUUCAACGAACAUCCGUGUCCAGGGGUCAACUGAGGAUCCAAGGUGUCGCGACUUGCCUGUACCUGUGCAUGGAUUCCUGUGGUCUUCUUUACGGCUCGCGCGAGUACACGGACGAUUGCGUGUUCAACGAGACCCUGGAGCAGCACAACUACAACACGUACAGCUCGGCGAAAUGGUCGACGGCCAAGAAAACGUUGUACCUCGGAUUGAACCGUCACGGCCAGCCGAGGAGGGUACAGGCCAAGGGUCACAAUCUCGGCAGGCUGUCCGCCUACGCGCGGGUGUUGACUCAGGUCGCGCCCCUGGACCGGGUGGAGACCCUCCAAAGGCGGAUGCUCGGCGCCCAGCACAACGUCCGCCACCGUCACAACACCCACCGCGGCGACCUCAUCCAGCAGUCCCUCUGCCCCGCCCUCCCGGCCCAGGAGAAGGACGGCCGGGACAAGUUCAGGUGUCGCAAGCGGAAAAAGAGGAAGAAGAGGAAGCGGAGGUGCAGGCCGGGCGAGAAGCCGGGCCCCCAGUGCCAGAUAGCCGAGUCGAGCAAGCCGGUCCCCCCGGCUAGGAACCAGAGCCUAGCCGCGAACGGGACGUCCCCGAUCCAGUCGAAGAGAUCGUGCGAGGGUUUGGCGAGCGAGGAGGCCUGUCGAAGGGAGGCCCUCUCGGUCCCCUCCAAGAAACGGAAGCUGCGGGUCGAGGAGAUUGCGCCCGACGGAGAAGAGGAGACAGAAGGAAGAGAAGGUGAAAGAGGAGAAGGAGGAGGAGGAGAGAGAGGAGGAAAAGGAAAAGGAGGAGGAGGGAGGAACGUCAGCGGGAGCAGCAACGGUAAGAGCAAAGCGCCAGCAUCAAACGCGAAAAAAGUAAACGCCGCUGGUAGCACGAGUAAAAAGCCUAAUUUGACGAACGGGAAGAAGAGAAAGAAGAAGGGGGCGCAGCAACCGAGGAGGAAUUCGGUGGGUCUGGGCCGGAAGAGGUCGAAGGUCGCGGCCACGACGGAGGCGACGACGAGCGCAUCGGGAACGACGAUACCUACGACCACGGUCGCGACCACGGUACCCGCCACGACCACGACCACGACGACCACGACCACGACAACGACGACGACGAGGACAACGACGACGACGACGGGCGUGGUGGCGUAGGGCGAGCAAAGGCCGAGGGAAACUCGAGGGGAGAAGAAGAUCCGCGGCCACUGGCGGGCAAAGCCGGAACUCUGCGUCCUUCGCCGUGGUGCCCCCUCAAUUCCUCCUUCUUGUUGCUCCUGGUUCGCUCGGUGUGGACCUCGCCCCGAUCCUACCACGCCGCGUGAGAUGUCGCGAAAGCGCGACGAUCCCAGGCCUAAUCGUCCCCUUCGUUCGUUCCCCGAUUUGCAUCGCGAUACCACGCCACUACCUUCUUCUCCUCCUCGGCCUGCCCUUCGUCCAACUAGUCUCAUCACCUCGACGCUCCUCCUCGUCGACCAUUGUGUCUCUCCUCGUUGAUCCCCUUUCGUUCCCAUCCGACGAUAGCCAUCUCGUCGCGUAUCUUCUUACCGCGAGUCAUCUCUUCGCCGCGUCUUAAUUAGGACCCGUAUACCUAGUUGGUCGGUAACGAGCAGGGUGUGAAGGCAGUGUUUUAUAUAUAUGUAUGUAAAUAUGUAUAUAUAUAUAUAUAUAGCGAUUCAACCUCGAUCUUAAUCGUUAGAGUUACAAUUACAAUUUUACCGAUAUCUCUUAGUUAGAUGAUAAUCGCUUUCGGACGAGGCUUUCGUCUUACGGAGCUUAAAAAACCUCCAUCGGAUAAGAGAUACGGAAUUACCCGUGCAAUCCAUAAAAUCCGCUUCUUUUACACCCUGCACGCUCAGGUCGUGUUCCACGGUUAACGAAGGAGAAGGAGAAAGAGAGAGAGAGACAAGGAGCCGCUGUUUACGAGAAAACGUGCACGAAUGUUUAUAUAUUAUUAGCCAAUACUGAAAAUGAGAGAGGAGGAGGAGGGGGAGAGAUGUAAGGAAAAACAAGUGGGACGCGAGGCAUUUAUUCGCUGUAUACGAGGCGUGUCGCGAUAACGAGCGCGCGUUUCAUCGAUUAGCGUAAUUGUGAUCGAGGGAGUAUUAUAUACGAAAAAGGGAUAAUUUCGCUCGUCGGGAAAAGAGAGAACGGAAAUCGCAUCCCCGGAUCGCAGGAAUUGGAUCGCAAAUUCUAUUCGUUUCCUCGCGGCUUAUCGUAGAAAAAUCGUGUCUCGAUCGAGCCACGCGGAGGAGGAAUCCCAUCAAGUUCGCCGUUAAGAGAAUAAUCAAUGCCCCGCACGCUUAAUUAGAUCAUCCACUAUAUAUAUUAUGUGUAUAUGUAUAUAUAUAUACGUAUAUAUAUAUUUAUACACACACGCUCGAUCUUCUCUCCGUAACGAAGGAGACGUUUCUCGUUUUCUCUCGAGAUUAAGAGAAACGAGAGUUUUCGUGCUCGUUACUGCGUCCACGUUUCCCUCUCCUAUCCCAUAAUCGAGAGCUUCUUUCCGUUAUACACACGCGGCUCCUUUCUUCCUUCCUUUCUUCCCGACGUGUCAUCCGUCCGGGAUGAAUGGUUCGUUCGUUCGUUCCUUCGAUCCAGUCGCGUGCCUUUCUUUUCUUUUUUUUUCCUUUUUUCGUUUUCUUUCCUCUCUCUGUUUACCGCGAUUAGCGGGAAAACGACUUUGAACCGAGAAGAAUCGGGUUUGCGGUUUCCCUUCUUCCUGUUCGAGUUACCAGUUUCACGGAGGAAUGGAUUCACGAUUUUACACGGGAAUGCGUGUAUGGGAGGCGUGAAAAAGCAGGAGGUUUCGAUCGAGUUGGGCAACGUCUUCAUUCCCUCCUCGAUUCGAGAAGGAUUUGUUGCACGGCCGGGAUCGGGGCGAGGGAACGGCGACGCGCACGCAACGAACGUCACGCACGAAUGUACGCGCCGUUAAUCGCAACGAUGAUUGCCACGUACACGCAAAUUAUUCACAAUGAUUCGCGGUGGGACGGCUGGAUCGAGGAAGGAUCGGCCGAGGGCGAUCGCGUGUCUCCUCCUCCUCUCCACCAGUUCCCACACGCGUCCGACUACUCUCGCGCAUUCCGACUACUGCUUCCGACCGAUUCUUCGUCCUUUCCUCCUCCCCCCCUCUCUCGUCGCGCUCGAAAAUCGGAAUCAAGGAUAGAGAACAAGGGCAAGAGUUGGACGACGAUGGAGAGGGAUGGACGAGAAUUGGGGCAACGAUCUCCCUCAAGGAGACUCGCGAAGAUUCGUGUUUUCGUAACUAAUUCGUUCUUCGUCGCACGAUUCGGUUCAAUAUUCACGAUGACUCACGGUACGUUUCGAUCGCAGUGUUGCCGAUCCAGCUGGACAAAAGUCUGUGGCGCCGGUGAUAAAUGAUAAAUCGCGUGGCUGAAAUUUCCGCUUCCUUGUCUUCUUCUCGCCGUUUCGACGAUUACGAAAACGUAGUUCGAUCUCGACUAAACAGUCGAUGGAAGAAUUUCUUGUUCUGAAUUGAAAGCGAGGCUUUUUCGCCGAAUGUUUUUUCCUUCGAAUGUACUCACUGAAACUUCAACCGAAACUCGAGUAAUCAGAUUCUCUUCGUCUCGAAUUUUGUCCAGCUCGAUUAGCAAAUCUUGACAUUGCGCAACGUCCCUCGACGAGAAGACGGCGGCUCGACCGGCUUGGCCGACACGCAUCGGGAGACCACCAGGAGGAGGGAGAGGAGGAGGAGAAGGAGGAGGAGGAGGAGGAGGAGGAGAAGGAGGACGUUAUCGAUAGCGUAGAGCGAGAAAUGACAUAAUUUUGUAUCUCUGGAUCGAUCCCGACAAUACUCACUCUUCUUCGCUCUUCGUUUUAUAUAUAUAUAUUUCUUUUUUUCUCUCGACGUGUAAAAAAUCGAUCAGACACGCGCGAAAGCGAAAUUCACGUGUCGCGUGUUCCUUUCUCUGGAGUAAAAGAAAAAGAAAAAAAAAAGAAAGAAAAGAGAAAAAAAACCCAUCGGCGUUUCCCGAAAACUUGGACACUUUGCACCCGAUUGCCAUCCAUCCGAAUGGAUUCGAUUGUUCUCGGUACGCCGCCGUCUUGCGUGCGUAAAAAAUUGUAAAAAAGAAUAUGUAAAAAUGUUUGGCGAGACGAUUAGACUGUUUCUUUCCUUCCUUGCGAAGAAAAACCGCGCGCGAACGAACGAACGAGGAAAUAAUUGUAAAUCCCAAUCUCCAAGAAGGGAAAGCGGUCUCGAACGGGAGGAGGGAUAAUUCUUCUUUUUUUUUUUUUUUUUUUUUCUUUUUUGGUACGGUUCGUGUAAAGAGAGAUUUAAAGUAUUAAAUUACCGAGAAAGAGAAAAGUAUUAAAACCCGUUAUAUAGAGAAUAUUUUACUCGUUAAACGUUAACGUUAAAAAAAAAAUCGAGCGUUCGUUCUUAAACGUAUCGGGCCGAAGCCCGGCUGCCAAAAAUUUAUCACUAUGCGCUACCCCGAUCGAUAGAACUUAAAGAAUAACGAGAGAGGCGUUGUGCGUUUCUUUUUUUUUUUUUCUCGCAGCUACACGCAGUGAAG